ACCACACAAGCUUUAUUGAGUACUUUUGGGUUGAAUAAUGCACGAUGGACUGACAUCCUGCAGGAUCGUCCUCCAUACCGGUUUCCUCAUCACAUGACGCACACAGCUCUGACUGCGCCUGUGGACAAUGGACAUCAGCAAAAUGGAGGACCGUGAAACUAAGGAACCUGAACAGCUCAGAAAGCUGUUUAUUGGAGGUCUGAGCUUUGAAACCACGGAGGAGAGUUUACGGGCCCAUUUUGAACAAUGGGGAGCUCUCACGGACUGUGUGGUGAUGAGGGACCCCAACAGCAAGCGAUCAAGAGGGUUUGGCUUUGUAACGUACUCCUCUGUAAGAGAAGUCGAUGAUGCCAUGAAAGCAAGGCCUCACAAAGUAGAUGGCCGAGUUGUUGAACCCAAGAGGGCCGUGUCCAGAGAGGACUCCAAUAAACCAGGUGCCCAUCUGACAGUGAAGAAGAUCUUUGUUGGUGGCAUUAAGGAGGACACAGAGGAGUACCAUAUCCGGGAGUAUUUUGAGAAAUAUGGAAAGAUUGAAUGCAUUGACAUCAUGGAGGAACGCUCCACUGGGAAGAAGAGAGGAUUCUGCUUUGUCUCUUUCGAUGACCAUGACACUGUUGACAAAAUUGUUGCCCAGAAGUUCCACACAAUCAACUUCCACAAUUGUGAGGUCAGGAAAGCUCUCUCAAAACAGGAAAUGAGUGCCAUAUCCAGUAACAGGGGCAGGAGUGGAGGAUCUGGAAACUUCAUGGGCAGAGGUAGUAAUUUUGGAGGUGGUGGAAACUUUGGCCGAGGUGGCUAUGGCGGAGGAAGAGGUGGUUAUGGUGAUGAUUUUGACAAUGGUCCAGGAGGGAAUUAUGGUGGAGGUCCAGGUUAUGGAGGAGGCAGAGGAGGUUAUGGAGGUGGUGGCCCGGGGUAUGGUAACCAGGGAGGUGGAUUUGGUGGCAGCUGCGAUGGAGGUUACGGCGGUAAUGACGGAGGUUAUGGAGGAGGCGGAAAUUACAACGACUUCGGAAAUUAUGGUGGACAGCAGUCAAACUAUGGGCCCAUGAAGGGAAACAACUUUGGUGGCAGAAACUCAGGUGGACCCUAUGGUGGUGGCUACGGCUCAGGUGGCGGCGGUGGAGGUGGCUACGGCUCGCGGCGAUAUUAAUUAUUUCAUGUUUUGAUGUGGAAAGAGGCAUUCUCUUCUUGCUGAAAAUCUGUAAAGACCUGAUAACAUGGGAGGUUCUGGAUGGGUAAGACUUUUUCAAAAUAUUAUCAAAGGCUGCUCAUAUUGUAAUCUAAUAGUGCAUAUGGUGAUAUGGUGAUUACACAAAGUGGAAGGGUCUUUUAAGGUAAACUGAGCAGGAUGACAUCCAGCAUUGUUCCACUUUGACCAGAAUCGACCUGUUGACUUUCACCACACUGCUUGGUAUACCUUGAAGAAAACAUUUGUUGUUUUACUGUUUUAUUGUCCUUUUAAUCUCUCCUAGUUCUGAUUAAGUUGGUAGUGACGAAACAUUCUUGGCAAAACAAGAUUACCAUGUUUUUCAAGAGAAGAAAAACAAUAGGGCUGUGACUAAACUGUUUACUGAUAAAGCUGUCCGUUAUUUUGAUUGAUUAUUUGACUUAUAAAAGACGUUCAAAUUAUUAAAAUGCAAGACCAAGAAAAGCAGCAUAGUGUAAUACAUACUAGUGUUCCAGUCAUAAAAGGGCUGGUAAUCAGCACUUUGAUGAGCUGAUUUUUUUAAGGCAACAGAGAAAAGUGUGACAGGGCCACAAAGUGGUCAGAAAGUCUACCCAAAUCACGGGCAUCUUCCAAAAAGAAACUGAAAUUUUAAAAAAUUGUCAGGGAUACAAAUGGCAUCACGUGAGAGCAAAUAUGGUCACAAGCUGAAACUGCCAGCAACAAACAGGAAAAAGGUAGACACAUAUUCACAAAUACUAAUAGUGAAGUGUUAGCUUGUUGCUUGAUUUUUACUGUAGCACAUUUGGUCUACCCCCUCUGAGUUCAACUAAAGUUCAGAUGUCCAGGGAAAUACUGCAAGUUUUCCUCAAAGAAUUGGAAAUUCCAGAUCUGCUGCCACUGUUCCUGUAGCUUUUAACUAGUAGCACUAGUUGAGAUUUUGAGGACGGAGCAAAAAUUUCAGAAAUUUUGAGACAGUUUCAAUUUGGAAUUCAGAUCAUUUUAACCUAUAAUACUGCAAUACAGGUGCAUUGAAAAUAUAUUUGACCUUUACUGUAGUGAGGAAGUCUGUGCCAGGUUUGUUACUUCUCAGAGGAAGAAGUAAAACCCACAAAAUGACAUGUUCUGAUCUUAGGUUUUAAGCAUUUUGUGUGCAAAAGGAUUCAUACUUGCACAAAACAUAAUGCCUACAAAUAUGUUUCCCAAUCAGUUGGAUAGUAUUUCUACUGUGGAAUGUAGAAUGAUGACUUCAUUAAAUGGAAUAAAGCUGUGCUUGCUAAAAGCGCACGUGUCAAUAAACCAUGUUGGUUUAAGUGUAAGAUAUGUGUAUGUAAAAUGUGAACUGCGUUCUUAAAUAAAAACAUUUUCCUUAA